AUGGCUGGUUGCUGUGCGUGUCCUCCUCCGUUGCCUGCAGAAUUCAAGUCCACGGCCUUCUGGUGCGAAGAGAACGUUUAUCUCCUAAUCCAGCGAUUUCUUCUAUCACACCAAAUCUCUGCGUCCUGCGAUAUUUUUGCAAUCAUCAUAUCGAAUGUUGACAAGUCCGUAGCUCUAUGGAACCAGAAGCUCGCACAGCAGGAUCUAUACCCAGUCGUAUGGGAUUACCAUGUCGUGAUGGCUCUGCGUCUGCGCACGGCACCUUCGUCGGAGGUACAGCAAUCCGAGGGUGCUGAUGAUCAGGGUGAUACCGCGGGCGCAAUAUGUCGCUGUUGGGUGUACGACUUUGAUACACGCCUGGGCUUACCGUGUCCUGCGGAGAAAUAUAUCACCCAAUCAUUCUGUCCGUGCCCUGCACGAUUCCAAAGUAUGUUCAGAGUCGUACCUGGCCAGGAUUACAUCGAUUACUUUGCAAGCGAUCGAUCACAUAUGCUAUCGCCCUCAUCGUCACAAUUGCAAAUCAAAGGCCAACGGCCAGAAUAUUCGAAGCCUCCGCCAGACUAUCCGUGUCUGGUUGGGAAGAAGGCUGCUGAAGCGGGUGUCACUAACAAUCUCAUGCAAUCUUUCGUCGCUAUGGAUGCACAGGGCUUAGGAACAAUGUACGGGCGAGUUCUUACACUGCAGGAAAUGGUGCAUUGGAUUUCGGUUGUACAGUAG